AUGCCCGCCUCGACUAGCCGUGCGGGCCCUGCCUCGCGCCGUCGUCUCCCCCACGCCCACUCGAAUCCCUCGCCGAGCUCUUCCCGUCCACCCGCCGCAUCGCCCUCCCCGUCGAGCGCGCAUGCAGGGCUCAAGCCCAGUCGCAAAGCCACGCCCCACAAGUCGCCCUCGUCGAGCUCGGCCAGCAGCAAGGCGAGCGCUGCCGCCCCUUCGCCGGCCCUCCUCGUCCGGCUCGCCUCGUCGUCGUCCACCACGCUCGACAACACGCGCCACAAGCCCGCCUCGACCUCGUCCUCGUCGUCGUCCGAUGCAGGAGGCGGUGCAGCAGGCGGCAAGAAGCGCAAGACGGGCGGCGGCGGCAUCGGGUCCCGAGACGUGCUCGCGCCCGCGCUCGUGGGGUACGGCCGAGGCCGGCGCGCGACGAGCACGACCGCCGUCGCCGCUCUCGCAGGCGCAGACGGAGCAGACGACCGAGGGUACGCCCACGGGAGGGGCAGGAGCCCUGGCUCGGCGGCGGCGCUCCUCCUCUCCGGCCGGCGCAGCGCGACGACGAGCCGCGCUCGUGCCGGCGCAGCAGCGCCGUACCCUGUCCCGAUCGGCUACCCGUACCACCCGCACCAGCACCACCACGUCGCGGCGCAGUACGCCCCAGUUCCCGACCACGCCCUGUCCCCCUCGCGCAUGGCCCGAGCCCUCUCGGCCGGCGGCGCCGCGUCACCGCACCACUCGCCGGGUGCGCCCGGCGCGACGAGCGCAGCGGGCGUGCCGAGCCCGCUCGCGAGGAGCUUGUCGGUCGGCGGGUCGGGCGAGCCGAGGGUGAGGACGCCGAGCGCGCACGGCGGCGGGAACGGCGUUGCGAGGGUCGCCGAACUCGGAGGGCACGUCGGAGAGUACUACGCCAUCGCCGCCUGAGCCGCACGUUCACCUCGAUACCCCCUCUUUCCCCUGCCCUCGCUUUCCCCUUCCUUCCGCAUGUUGCCCUUCCUCAACCCUCUCUUUUGCACUCUCUCGCCCUUUCGCCCUUUCCGUCGUACCUUGCUUGUCCUCACUACCCUUCCUCGCGCCGUUUCUCCCUUUCGCGUUCUGCAACGUCUGCUGCCCGUCUC